AUGGCCUCAGUAAGCCAUGAUACAACAAAGCCGCUUUCAGUUGCUGAUAUAUCAUUAUAUACAGAUGGUCAUGUGAGAAACGACUGGACGAAACAAGAAAUAAAAUCUAUUUAUGAGUCACCCAUAAUGAGUCUUUUAUAUUAUGGUGCAAAAAUACACCGUAAACAUCAUGAUCCACUUGCCGUUCAACAAUGUACGCUCUUAAGUAUCAAAACCGGGGGAUGUUCUGAAGAUUGUGCUUACUGCCCCCAAUCCUCUAAAUACAAGACACCCGUCAAGGCAACAAAGUUGUUAGAUUCUGAUGAUGUUCUUGUUGCGGCUAGGAAUGCAAAAAAAGCUGGCAGUACUAGAUUUUGUAUGGGUGCUGCUUGGCGUGAUCUUAAUG